AUGACUUAUGAUUGUAUUGUUAUACCUGGAGGUGGUGUUGAUUUGAAUGGAUCUCCAGCAGCUUGGGUAUGUGCUCGCCUUGAUCGAGCGGUUGAAAUGGCUUCAUCUACAUCUUAUUUUUUGGUUUUAAGUCGUGGUACGACACAUCAUCCGCCUGUACUUGAUAAAAAUUCAUUUCCGAUUGAUGAAGCAACAGCUAGUGCUGCUUAUUUAAUUGAACGUAAUAUUCCAUCAAAUAAAAUUUUAAUAGAAAAUUGGUCACUUGAUACAAUUGGAAAUGCUUAUUUUGCUCGUCAAUGUAUUAUAGAACCGAUGGAAUUACAUCGUUUAGCUGUUAUUACAAAUGAUUUUCAUAUGACUCGAAUAAAGCUUAUUUUUGAUUGGAUAUUUUCAUUAUCAACUUCAGCAAUAGAUCGUUGUGAAAAAUAUUCCAUUGAAUAUUUUACGGUUAGCAAUCAAGAUAUGACAGAUGAACAAUUAGUAGCACGUAUUGACAAAGAACAUAUUGCAUGCGAAGAUGUAAAAACAAAAAUACAAAAGAUAAACAAUUUUUCUCAAAUGGCGCGAUUUUUAUUUAUUGAGCAUGGAGCAUAUAAAGCAAAAUCUCUUCAUUCACAACGAAGUCAACUUGAUUCGUUGACUGCAUCAACAUAUUAA